GCCCCCUUCACACCGCGGAUUGGCCUUUCCCGGCUACCGUAAUGCACAAGCUCCUGGCGAGCACUGCGGCCCGGAGCGGAACUACGAGUGGCAAACUUCCGACAUUGAACUUCCGGCCUGGCGGCGGCGUGUUUGCAAAAAUCGUGUGUGCUGAUACUCCGCGGCGCCCGGUGGCUGCUUUGGGCCUGGCGGCUGCCCAGCGGUCCGUGUGAAGCGGGAACCGUGGGGACGCGGUUGGGUUCGCGGGGUGAAAAGCCGUCGCUUCCGCUCGCCGCCUGCGGGCCGCCGAGGGCUCACCCCGCUUGUCAUGGACUGCAGUCGGGAUAGGAUGGUCGCCGUGGUCCCCGGGCAGUUCGACGACGCGGAUUCCUCAGACAGAGGAUGUAUAAACAUGCCAGAACAUUCUUAUGUCUAGUGAAAGCACAAAUGUGAAGUCAACUCAAGCAAAAGACGGUAUCCUACUUAGAAACCUUCAGAAUGAUGUGACAGAGACGCAUGGCCAAGGUGAGAUUGAUGAGGAAGACUACUAUGACUAUGACAGUGAUUGGUGCUGGGAUGAUGGAACUGGAAAACUCACCAAGAGUUCUACCUGGAAUGGAGGCAGUAACCCGCAGGCAAAUCGCCAGAACUGCAAUUCAGCCAAAAUGUCUACUCCAAUUGACAAGUCCUUGAGAAAAUUUGAAAAUAAAAUUAAUCUAAAUAAACUGAAUGUUACUGAUUCUGUCAUAAAUAAAGUCACCGUAAAAUCUAGACAAAAAGAAGCAGAAUCGUAUCGAGUUAAAGAUAAGGCGGACAGAGCAACUGUAGAGCAGUUCCUACAUGGAGCUCCUGCCCUGACUGCCCUCAGUGGUGAACUGUUUUCUGGAAGUGUUUUGGAUCCCAGGACAAGGAUGAUUUUAUUCAAAAUGUUACAUAAUGAAGACAUAGCAGAGAUUCAUGGCUGCAUUAGCACUGGAAAAGAAGCUAAUGUGUACUAUGCUAGCACGGCCAGUGGAGAAAGCAGAGCAAUCAAGAUAUACAAAACUUCUAUUUUGGUGUUCAAAGAUCGCGAUAAGUAUGUAACCGGGGAAUUUAGAUUUCGUCGUGGCUACUGUAAAGGAAACCCUAGAAAAAUGGUGAAGACAUGGGCAGAGAAGGAAAUGAGGAAUUUAUCCAGGCUAAGAACAGCAAACAUACCAUGUCCAAAACCAAUCAGGCUAAAAAGUCAUGUUCUUCUCAUGGGCUUCAUUGGCAAGGAUGACAUGCCUGCACCACUUUUGAAAAAUGUCCAGUUGUCAGAGUCAAAGGCACGGGAGUUGUACCUGCAGGUCAUCCAGUAUAUGAGGACAAUGUAUCAGGAUGCUAGACUUGUCCAUGCGGAUCUCAGUGAAUUCAACAUGCUGUACCAUGGUGGAGAUGUGUACAUCAUUGAUGUUUCUCAGUCUGUGGAGCAUGAUCACCCACAUGCGUUGGAGUUCUUGAGAAAAGACUGUGCUAAUGUCAAUGAUUUCUUUUUCAAACAUGCUGUGGCUGUGAUGACUGUUCGGGAGCUCUUCGAGUUUGUCACAGAUCCUUCCAUCACUCCUGAGAACAUGGAUGCUUAUCUCGAAAAGGCCAUGGAAAUAGCUUCCCAAAGGACCAAGGAAGAAAAGACUAGCCAAGAUCAUGUGGAUGAAGAGGUGUUCAAACAAGCAUAUAUUCCCAGAACCUUGAAUGAAGUGAAAAAUUAUGAGAGAGAUGUGGACAUAAUGAUGAGGUUGAAGGAGGAAGACAUGGCUUUGAAUACGCAACAAGAUAACAUUCUAUACCAGACUGUCACAGGACUGAAAAAAGAUUUGUCAGGAGUCCAGAAGGUCCCUGCACUCCUAGAAAGUGAAGUUAAGGAAAAGACCUGUUUUGAUUCAGAAGAUGCUGGAAGUUCUGAGUGCUCUGACACAGACUCUGAAGAGCAGGGAGAUAACGCCCAAUGCAAAAAGCACACUGCUGACCCUGACCUUGAUAAAAAGGAAAGAAAAAAGAUGGUCAAGGAAGCCCAGAGAGAGAAGAGGAAAAAUAAAAUCCCCAAACAUGUGAAAAAAAGAAAGGAAAAAACAGCCAAGGCCAAAAAAGGCAAAUAGAAUGAAGAACUCUGUUACGGACAUCUCUCAAUUACUUUUUAACCUCAAGCAGAAGUUGUCGCUUGGUUACCACAUCUGAGUCUUUACCAUCUCACUGUUGGGGAAGACUGGGUGUGGUCAUGUGAUUGCCUCCACAGCCCAGAAUGCCGGGAUCCAGUCAGUCACUAGCUCUGCUUUUAAUGGAUUUAUUAAAGUACUAUUUUAUUUA